UGGUGAGUUGCGCACACUCCAUGCUCACUGGCCUAGUCUCAGUUUCACUGAUAAACCAAACCUCAUCUUCCACUGUGUCUGUGCGCCAGUGCCCCUCCCUCUUUGUGCUCGCCAACCUUUUCUCCACUCGCGAUGUGUACCACGCGAACCUCAACAUCGCCGCUCUCUCACGCGCCGGAAAUGUCGACGCCGCGCGCAAACUGUUCGACAGAAUGCCCACAAAAGACGUCGUCACAUGGAACACCAUGCUCUCCACCUACUGGCAAAAUGACCUUCUCGAACAUUCCAGAACAUUCUUCAAUUCCAUGCCACUCAAAAACGUUGUUUCCUGGAACUCCAUGAUAGCAUCGUGCGUCCAAAACGACAUGCUCGACGACGCGUUCCGCUACUUCUCCGCCACACCGGAGAAGAACGCUGCGUCGUACAACGCCAUGAUCUCGGGACUCGUAAGGUUCGGGCGCGUGAGGGAAGCGCAGAAGCUCUUCGAAGAGAUGCCAUUUCCGAACGUCGUGUCGUACACCACGAUGAUCGAUGGGUACGCGAGGAUGGAAGGAGGUGGUGGAAUUCAAAGCGCGAGGGCGCUGUUUGAUGCGAUGCCUUGCAGGAACGCGGUUACGUGGACGGUGAUGAUCAAUGGUCUCGUGGAGAAUGGUUUGUAUGAAGAAGCGUGGAAAGUGUUUGAAAGAAUGCCGCAGAAGAAUGAUGUUGCAAGAACUGCUAUGAUUACUGGGUUUUGUAAACAUGGGAAGAUGGAAGAGGCUAUGACUUUGUUUCAAGAGAUUCGAUUCAGAGAUCGCAUUUCUUGGAAUAUAAUCAUAACUGGUUAUGCCCAAAAUGGGAGAGGGGAAGAGGCACUGAAUUUGUUUUCACAAAUGGUUAGAACUGGUAUGCAACCCGAUGACUUGACUUUUGUUUCACUUUUCACUGCCUGUGCAAGUCUUGCAUCACAUGAAGAAGGAAGACAGACCUAUGCCCUUGUUAUUAAGCAUGGCUUUGAUUCAGAUUUGUCUGUGAGUAAUGCCCUGAUUACUAUGUACAGCAAAUGCGGUGGAAUUAUUGAUUCUGAGUUAGCUUUUGGACAAAUUUCCCAUCCGGACCUCGUUUCAUGGAACACUAUAAUUGCUGCAUUUGCACAGCAUGGUUUCUAUGACAAAGCACGCUCCUACUUUGACCAGAUGGUAACAUUGAGGGUUCAACCUGAUGGCAUAACUUUUCUGAGUUUGCUAUCUGCGUGUUGUCGUGCUGGGAAGGUUGGUGAGAGCAUGAAUCUGUUUAGGUUGAUGGUUCAUGAUUAUGGUAUUCCACCAAGGCCUGAACACUAUGCUUGCUUAGUUGACGUGAUGAGUCGAGCAGGUCAGAUCCAGAGAGCUUGCAAAAUAAUCCUGGAGAUGCCAUUCAAGGCAGAUUCUAGCAUCUGGGGUGCUAUUCUUGCAGCCUGUAGUGUUCAUUUAGACGUGAAAGUGGGGGAACUGGCUGCUAGAAGAAUUUUGAAUUUUGAUCCAUUUAAUUCUGGUGCUUAUGUUAUGCUAUCUAAUAUAUAUGCUGCUGCUGGCAUGUGGAAGGAUGUCAAUAGAAUCAGGGUUCUGAUGAAAGAGCAAGGAGUUAAGAAACAAAAGGCUUAUAGUUGGUUGCAGAUUGGAAACAAAACACAUUGUUUCGUUGGAGGGGAUCCAUCACAUCCAAAUAUUAAUGAUAUUCAUGUUGCUUUAAGGAGGAUAACAUUGCAUAUGAAGGUAAAGGGUGACUGUGAAGAAAUUUUCGUGUAACAGGAUGCAAGUUAACCCAACUGUAUUGAUAUGUGAAGAUACAUAAUUUUUUGGGAGCGAGGGUGCGAGAGAAAUAAUGUUUAAGCUUCAGCACUUGAUGCCAAAGGAGCUCUAACUUCUAUAAAUAAAAGGCUCGGAAUACGAAAAUUCUAGCCAAGUAUUCAAUUUAAUAAUAAGGGACUGGAAAGAUCUAAAGUGUUGACAACAUUGGUGGAUCUCAUAUUUAGCUCUAGGAUUCUUUCUGGCCAUAACGUCACUGCCGAUGUGAGGAUCUUAUUGGUAGAUGAUCUGGAGGUAUUUCUAUAAGCUCUUUUUGAGCCUUGAAACAUGUCUUAACUCCAGGAGCUCUUGAAACUUAACACAUCUAGGCCUUUUUAUACC